CACGGGGAUGGGGACGGGGAAGCGCAGGCCGGUCCCGGCCCCUCGGAUAUGGCGCGGGCUGGAGCCAACGAAUCGCUGUCAGUGGGUGCGGAGCGACGCAUCGUGGCAGCGGAUCUGACGGCGUCGUCGGCGCGCAUCCGCUGGCUGCCGCAGCGCCACGUCCCUGGGCUGCGCAUGUUCCAGAUCCAGUACAACAGCUCCAUCGACGACUCGCUCGUUUACAGGCUGCUGCCCCCGUCCAGCCGGAGCUUCGUGCUGCGGGAUUUGGCCGCUGGCCGCGAAUACGACCUCUGCGUCUCCGCGCUCUACGCCGAAGGCACCGCGGCGCCGCCCGCAUCCCGGGCUCUGGGCUGCGUCCGCUUCCGGCACAGUCACAAAUCCAGUUAG